UGGCCUGCCAGAGCGAGGGGACUCCGCGCCGGAGCUGCGCCGCAGGAGGUGAGGCUUCCGCGCGCACCCGGCUGCGCCCGCUCCUCCGAGGCCUCAGGGUCCGGCGAUGGCUCCUCCGUGGGCAUGAGCCAGAUAGCCGAGGCGACACCAGCAGCGGCCUUCAGCGUGCGCAGGGGACGGAGCUGACCGCCCCCACCGGGUAGGUUUCCGCUGCGCACAAUCUGCUCAGCCCCCUUGGCAUCAUGACUGGAGCGCCCACCCCGGAGAUGUCUCCAGAGCGAGGGAAAAAGAAUUAGGGUUGCUGCAGCAGGCACGCGGAGAGCAAUUGCAGGGUCUGGCGCAGCCUGGGAGGGCCUGCGACCCCGGCGGUGUUCUCUGGGCGGGCGGGCUUCGCUGCGGCCCCGCUCGUGGCGGUGGCUGCUUCCUCCCGGAGGACUGCGGGGACCCCAAAAGGGCGUCCCCCGCGCGGCCAGGGCCGGGAUCUGCGCAGGGAUGACUGAGUGUCGCAGCGAGCUUGCCUCCCUACCCCUCGUCCGCUUCCGUGGCGCCGCGAGGCCGACAGAAAGGCGGGAGCCGGGCGUGUGCGAGUCCAGGUUUGACUUGCACUGAUUUUGGCCUGAGGUCCAGGAUGGUUUGUUCUUGGGACCAGACCUGACCAGAAGUCGACCUCAUGAGCACUUCGACCUCUCCAGCUGCCAUGCUCCUCCGGAGGCUGAGGCGGCUCUCCUGGGGCAGCACUGCUGUCCAGCUCUUCAUCUUAACGGUGGUGACCUUUGGUCUGCUGGCCCCCCUGGCCUGUCACCGGCUUCUGCACUCUUACUUCUACCUGCGCCACUGGCAUCUGAACCAAAUGAGCCAAGAGUUCCUGCAGCAAAGCUUGAAAGAGGGUGAAGCUGCCCUCCACUACUUUGAGGAGCUGCCCUCUGCCAAUGGCUCGGUGCCCAUUGUGUGGCAGGCCACUCCCCGCCCCUGGCUGGUCAUCACCAUCAUCACUGUGGACAGGCAACCUGGCUUCCACUACGUCCUGCAGGUGGUGUCCCAGUUCCACCGGCUCCUUCAACAAUGCGGCCCCCAGUGUGAGGGGCACCAACUCUUCCUGUGCAACGUGGAGCGGAGUGUGAGCCAUUUCGAUGCCAAGCUGCUGUCCAAGUACGUCCCCGUGGCCAACCGCUAUGAGGGCACUGAGGAUGACUAUGGCGACGACCCUUCGACCAACUCGUUUGAGAAAGAGAAGCAGGACUACGUCUAUUGCCUGGAAUCCUCCCUGCAGACCUACAACCCAGACUACGUCCUGAUGGUGGAAGACGACGCCGUUCCAGAAGAGCAGAUCUUCCCAGUCUUGGAGCACCUUCUGCGGGCUCGCUUCUCCGAGCCGCACCUCAGAGAUGCCCUUUAUCUAAAGCUCUAUCACCCCGAGAGGCUCCAGCACUACAUCAACCCAGAGCCCAUGAGGAUCCUGGAGUGGGUCGGUGUCGGCAUGUUGCUGGGGCCCUUACUAACCUGGAUAUACAUGCGGUUUGCCAGCCGGCCAGGGUUUAGCUGGCCCGUCAUGCUCUUCUUCUCCCUGUAUAGCAUGGGGCUGGUGGAGCUGGUGGGCCGGCACUAUUUUCUGGAGCUGCGGCGGCUGAGUCCUUCCCUGUACAGUGUGGUCCCUGCUUCACAGUGUUGCACCCCGGCCAUGCUCUUCCCUGCCCCGGCGGCCCGGCGGACCCUCACCUACCUGUCCCAGGUGUACUGCCACAAGGGCUUCGGCAAGGACAUGGCACUGUACUCACUGUUGAGGGCCAAGGGGGAGCGGGCCUAUGUGGUGGAGCCCAAUCUCGUGAGACACAUCGGGCUCUUCUCCAGCCUUCGGUACAACUUUCACCCAAGUCUGCUCUAGCCUGCCAAGAAAUGCCUUUCUGAAAUUGGCCACUUCUUGGAGAUUCAACUAUUGAGCUCUUUAUUUGGACAUGGUUGCUUGCAGAUAUUUCAUUGUUUUAGGGUUGCUAGGGAUAUAGACACUGGGCUGGCUGAGGAACAUACAAGUCAAGAACCUUGGCUUUGGUAACUCUCUGGCAGGAACAAGCUGUUCACCGUGGGUCCAGACCUCUCGCCCUCCACACAGCCACACUGCCUCAUGCAGUCUGACCCACCCAAAGAGGGGCAUUUAAAUACCACUUAUAUUCUCCAGUUGUUUUUCGCUCUGCUUCAUGACAGAGUUUGUGACUGCCAAAAAUAUUGUACACAGUGAUAUGACCAGUUUAGGAUUUUAAGCGUAGAAUUUGGUGAAAGGUGAGAUUCUUUUGCAGUGAUUUCUUUCUCAUAGGGAAUAAGAAUGGAUGUAUGUUUAGAAUAUAUGUCCCAAGAGGCAGGACCAUGUUGAUAGAUUCUAUUUGUUUCCCUGACCUGGAGUAAUAAAAGCCGCGCAGGGCCCGGCAUCUUGGAGGCAGGUGACCCAGCUUUUGUUACCUGGUGUUCUCUUUUCCACACAUCUGUAGUGCACUGAUAAUCAAUUUUGUUUGUGAGAACUUUAAGGCACAGCAAGAUCUGAAAGCACCUUCUGGAUCAUCAAAGUCAGAUUGCUAUGUUUAGUAGUGAUUUAAUACUGAAGAUUUCUAUCACAAUCUGAUUCUUUGAAAGUUGGACAUUGCAGAAUGAUAUAGAAUGGGUGAGCUCUUUACUAAUAGCAUAUCCUUUUCCCUAACUUUGCUGGCUAAUCAUUCACCUUCACUUCUUUUUCUUCUAUGUAGCAUGAUGUUAUAGAAGAAAAAGCAUGGACUGAAGUCAGAAGACCUGAAUUUUUAUUUCAGAUCUCUGUUAUGUCCUAGUGGUGUGAACUUGGGCAAGUCAUAAGCACUCUGAGUCUCAGGUUUGUCACCUGUAAAAUGGGGACAGUGAUAUCUACUUUUUUAAGUUGCCUUGAGGAUUAAAUGACAGAAUGUAUGUAAAACACUAGCAAGUGCUUAUCUCACAGAGGGCACUUGGUGAAUAUUAGUUCUUCUCUCUUCUAUAAUAAGCAUAUGAAACUCAAGUGUAUUUUGGAUAAAGGUAUUAGUGAUAUUAUUUAAAGUAUGAUAUGGGGCAUAGGGCUGACACCUAUGGAGCAGCUGUUCCAGACCAAACACUGCUAGAAUAAAGGCUGACUUUUCCUUGUGACUUUGGAAGGAUAUGCAGCUCAGUUUCAUCUAGCCCCACCUCCAACCAGACCCGAAAUAAGAAUUGUUCAUUCAACUGGAAAUGAUCUGAGACUCCUCUUGAGCUUAUUCCAAGACUAGCAUCUGAAAACUACUCUUCUCAAAAGUUACAAGUAAAUUUCAUUUGACAAUACUUAUCAAACCAGUGGCCAACAGUCCCUUUGUGGGGAUGGAUGAUUAUACUAGAGUGCAAGCAGCUGUCCACUUUGUUUCAGUGCCACGUCUUCCCUUUGCUUUUAAGUUUCCACAGGGAGCUAACAUCUUGGGAUCUGCUCGAGAACACUGAGGGAGUAACAGGGGUUCAUCACCACACUUUAUAGAUGAACAAACAGGCCCAGAAAUGUUAAAGAAUUUCUUCAGGUUCACACAGCUGAACAGCAGCAGAGAGGACUGGAAUGUAGUAGAUUUUCUGACUUCCAGCCCCUGUACUCUUUUCUUAACUGCAUUCAUUUUAUAAAUAUCUAUGUAGUCAAAUUCUCUUUUGUGAAAUCUGAUUGUAACCUGGACUAAAUAAUGUCUCUGUAAGCUAAGAUGGUAAAAACUCACUGUGGUGUUGGUCUUGGGGAACAAACAGGUAUCAAUAUGUGUUGUGUUAUUAUAGUGAGCUGUUAUGUAUCCCCCAGGAAUGUCCAAAGUGACUAGAGCUACUAGAUGAGUUACUGAGAUUCUCAGAUUCCACCCCUUCAUCUCUCCUCUCCCAGUAACUGGUUCAGCCCCAUGUUUGAGAAUUGAACCACCCUCAACCUAGAAUUCAUUUGAGUUUGUUGCAUUAGUGAUUGGAUCUCCUCAUGAAAAGUUUGUGUCCAAUGACAAAACAUGUAAGCUGGCCAAGCCCUAGAUCAGAAUCAUUGCUGGUUUCCAUUUCUGCUCUUUCUAAUUCAGUUGUCUACCACACGCAGACAUUCCUUCCCCUGACUCCUUCAUUCUCGAUGGCUAAAGUCAUCUUUGCCUUGUCUUAUUUCUCUACCUACACACUAAGACAUCUUCCCCCAUUGAUCUUAACUAGAGUCUGCCAUCCUUGGACAUUUUCUGCAGAAGCAGAAAUCCUACCCACUUUUAUCCCUACCCACUUUCUAGAUCGCCCUUCCUUUUGUCUCUCAUUCCUGGAGUCCAAACUGUGUAUGUUGUCCUGGAUUAGGACAGCUGACAGCUGUCUCUCAUUUAAUUAAAGCUGAAGUCUCUCAUUUAAUCCUAAGCAGAGGGCUAGGGGAGAACUGAAGUCCCCUUCCAAUAUCAAGGGACAUAGUUUACCAGGAGGGUAAAGGCCUCUAACAGUCCUGCAUACUUUUCAGAAGUUAAAUCAUUGUCAGGCCUAAGAACCUCCCUAUUGUGACUGACUGUAUUUGCAUAGACUUAUCAGUUCAAAUAAAUGCACCCGUUUCACCAAGGCAUCCUGAGAAAACUGGUCGUUCUCUUGUUUCUACAGAUGAGUUUUUCUGAUGUGGUGAAUAGUAUCGAACACACACUCACACUCUUGUGGGGUGUGAGCCAUUCAAAAGUAUGGGCUGUUUGCUUAAAAAUUCAUAACUGAAUCUUGUAUUUCUUAAAUGGAAACAUUUGAAUUGUGCUUUCUUUUUUUUUUUUAAAAGUGGUGAGAAUACUAUAGUGCAACUGGAGAAUACAAGUAGGAUGAAUAUAAUGAUAGGAUUAAUUUAAUUUACCUUGGAUACAGUCCUCAUUUGGGGGAAUUUAUUUAAUUGGUAACUUAAUUUGGGUAAAGAGGCGUUCUCUUUGGAUUUGAUUACUGUGGGAUUUUUAUAUACACUAUGAUGCAUUGUGAAUUACUGUAACACAAUAUAAAAUUGGGUAAUUUUAAGUCA